UGAGGGCGUCCUUCCUGCUCAGGAACCCUAGGUUUGGGUAGCUCCUGCCUUCUCUCUGUUCUCUCAGUGCCUCUGGUGCCCUGAGACAUCGCUGUGGCUUGGGGUUCCCUGUCGCGCCCUUGGAGGAGGGACAAAAGCCAUGAUGGAUAUGCAGAAAUGGUAUUUGAAAACUUCAAAGCUGGCUCUAGCACUGGCAAUUAUACGUUCAAAACCAGCAGACAGAAGCAGCAGAGAAUAUACAGAGCACCUCGCCACCCUGGUGACCCAGCAGGAGUCCAAAUGGAAAUCAAAAAUUGCAGCUUUGGAAGCUGAAGUUCUACAAUUACGUCAAAAACUUUUCUUGAGUAAGAUAUCCUCCGGGUUGUUUAAGAAUGGACACGAUGUGUUCCCCCAGUUGCCAGAUCAGGAACCUACAAGUUCUGAAAACACUUCGACCUUGAUGGAUGAUUCCGGAUGUGUUUUAUCAAAUGAGCAAAGAAGCCAAUCCCCAGAGUUGUCCCAGCAUUUUGUGGAGGGCUGCAGUCCCCCACUGUUUCUACCACUGCCUCUUGAGAAAAAGCAGUGCACCAUCAAGGAUAGUCCUCUGUCUUCUCACAUGCAGUUCCUGCAACAUCUGCUUGAACUAAAGAGCCUGACAGAAUCCAGUAGUAUGAAAAUAUACUUAACCCACUUUGAAAAAGACUCUUCUACCGUUUCUGAUUCUGUUUCACAGUUGUUAGAUGGCCUGAUCACAUUUUACCAGAACCCCAAACUCCCUUUUUCAAGCUUUUGGACAGAAGCUGUUGGUACAUUAGCCAGAGUGGCAAGUGAUUUUAAUUUAUCUAAUCAUAUUCUUAAAAAAUGUUCUAAGAAGUUGGAAGAAUUUGAGAAAACUCUACUUCAGGCUAUUUUAGGGAACAACAGUAUAAACCGGUUCCAGGUGCAGCAUUAUGUCUCACAGAGUCUAGUGACCUUAGGAAGCUGCAGCUUGUUGAGGAAGUCGAUUGUAUCGCUACUGCUAUCGGAGGUAAACAGCUUUGUGGACGACCUGGGAGCCAUCAUUCAGGGUCAAGGCAAUUACAAUGUGACACGCUAUGAAAAUAUUUUCUCCUUGUUCUUGAUUCUGGAGCAACUUCUUCAACGGGAAACCCAGGGAAAUGCCAAAACACAUAUCGAUCACAGCAGCCCAGAAAUCCAGACAUUUCUUCACAAGCAUGAUGAAACUGUGUUCCAACUUUCAGAUGCAUUUCCUUUAUUUACUUUUUACUUAUGGAGACUGGGCAUUCUCUUGAACUCAGCAGAAAUGGAAACUGCCAAGACUGAAUCAUCUCCCUAGAAGUUUACAACACAUCAGAAAAUGCUGUGCUUCAAUAUUUUCCAAAAAAAAAGUUUUUAAAUGAGUAUUUUAAUUUGACCUACCAAGCUAAUCAUUAUUUCAAUUUAAUGAUAAAUCUUCUGUAUAAAAGAUGAUAAAUCACUGUGCUAUGUUAUGGUCAGGCAAUUCCAGUUGACCAUGCCCCAGUAUGUUCGUGCAUUAUAUCUUAAUUCACUCAAUAGUCUAGCUCUGUUCUCUAAAAUGGCCUUUCUCCUAAAAUACAGUAAGUUGUCAGUGAUUUCCAUCUGAUACAAAUCUACAAAUUGUAAUGAAAUAAAGUGUAAACUUCUGUCACUAAUACAAUUAAAUACAAGGUUUAAGUAAAUGGUAAAAAAUAAAAUUUACUAUGUAGUUUUUUACUCAUUCAUUUUCCCCCUGAAGGAUAGUGCUGUAGAAAGAGAAAAGGAUUUAGAAACCAAUGGCUUUUAAUUUUAUUUAAUCAACAUAUUUGCAAAGUAUUUUUGAAGUGUUAAUUCGUUCUUCCUCUCUGUUUUUAAACAAUUUUUUCUGUUAGUUAAAAACAUUGCUAGGAUUGUUAAAAUGUGGUAAAGUUGCGCAUUAUUAAGUCAUUAGAGAUGCUUUUACAAAUUUUAAUAUCCUCCAAGAAAUAAACCUUAUACUUAUUAAAAGUACCAAGUUUAAUUUUUUCAUUGCACAAUUUCCUUUGCUUCAUUUCCGCUAUUAAACUUAUAACAGACAAACUUAAUGAGAACAUGUUUUGUACUUUCCAAUUUUGCAAUUUAAAGAAAAUAUAAUAUAAUUUCUUCCUUCUGUUAAUUUUAUCUGAUUGUGUGUUAUAAGUUAAUUAUUAUUUCCAGAUGCCAUUAGUACUAGAAAAAUUAUUCUUGCUAAUUUGUUCUAUGAUGUAUAUAAAAUUAUAUCAUCUUCCAGGAUUUUUUUGUUUUUGUUUUUGUUCUUAACCAGCAAAUCUGUUAUGGAAAAAAAAAAACUCCUUGAAAUGGCUGAAUAAACAAGCAGAAAUUGGCAAUAUCAGUGGACACAGAAACAUGGGAGGGAGACAAUUUCCUGGAGUUGUGCUCCUAUGCAAAGGACUAAAGGCAACUGUGACUGCUGGGAGAAGGAGAACUACCCUUCCCCAAGGAUGAGCCCCUGAUUUGUAAUUGCUUGACUUAAACUGCUUAAAUUGACUUAAUUGCUUUUCUUAAGAAUAAACAAAGUCUAGUUGAUAUUUC